AUUAUGCUUUGCAAGUUUGACUAUAUAUCAUGGCGUCCUUUUUGGAAGUUGUGGAUGAAGUUGUUUUUGGUAUCACCAUGGAUUACGAUUACAUACAUGACCACCAACCAACCCCUAGCAACUAAACAAUAACACCCACCAACCAACCACAUCCUCCAUACAAAUAACAGCACCACCCUCCCAUUACCAUUAACUUAUCAUAUAUCUGACCCCCACCACCCCCUACAUUACCUCACAAUGUCCGGCAUGUUAGUAAAAGAUUCAACAAUACCCUUCGACCCCUUCUCGACCGCAUACCUUGUCAGGGAUCAACAGGAUUACGACUACUCCCCAUCGGCACUCUUCACCCCUUUGGAUUGCUUUCCCACAGACUUCAACUCGGAAUCCCUGGCGUCUCCAACCUUGGAGAACAAUAACGACUGGACCUCGUUCGACUCUCUCUCAUCACCAGACAUCUUCAAGACCGAUUCCUUCGACGACUCACCCAUCCUGACCUCCAUCCCCUCCGCCAGCCCCUCAAUAGACCCCAUGGAUCUCGCUGCCCCAGCCAUGCCGGACGACAACGUCCCCUUUGGCGACUCUGCGGCGUUCCCAGAAACCAUCACCGGCCCAUUAUUCCCAUCCCCGCAGCUUGCGCGGGUCCAAAACCCACCCCCAAUCAACCACCACGCCUCCCGGCCAGAGCUUAGCGUCUCCACAAGACGCGGGACGAAGCGCAAGUCGACCGGCAGCAGCAGCACGUACAGCGCGUCGCCGUCCCCGCGCAGCUCCGCCUCCCCACCCCCAAGGCCGGCACCACACCUGCCGCCCAAGAAGACGGCCCACAACAUGAUCGAGAAGCGCUACCGCAACAACCUCAACGACAAGAUCUCGGCCCUGCGCGAUGCCGUCCCGGCCCUCCGCGUCAUGGUGCAUCGCCUCGAGGCCCACGCCUCGCCCGACGACAGCGCCAACAGCCGCUGCGCCCUGUCGCCCCAGGAGUUCGAGGAGGACCUCGGGGGCCUGACGCCUGCGCACAAGCUCAACAAGGCUACGAUCCUGAGCAAGGCGACCGAGUACAUCAAUCACCUGGAGCGCAAGAACCGCGCCUUGGCGCGUGAGAAUCACGGGUUGAGGGGCAAGGUCGACGGGCUUGAGAUGUUGGUGAUGAAUGGGGCCGUCGCUGUGCAGGGAGUGCAGCAGCAGCAUCAACAACAGUGGUGCUGAAACGUACCUUGUUCCAAUAUUGCGAUUUUGAACGGCGUUGAGAUUUUGGAAAUUGGCAAAAGGAUAGGGCACGGGGUGCUUUUUGUUUUAAUUGGGCGUUAGACGGCGUUUGGUUUUUGAUUGUACCAGCCUUUGCUGGAUAUGAGGGGGAAAAAGAUACCACGCCAUACGUCCAAGUUAGGGACAGGCCUUUGUUUGGAUUUGCGAUAAAAGGCAAAGACUGCGGCUUCGUUAUGGCUUUGAGGAUGGAGUGUAUUUUUUCUGACGCAGUCAUAUAUCACCAUAAUUAGUACAUGUUGUACAAAAAUGAACAAGAACAAAAGGCUAUUUCAGAACAUCUUUUCUCCCAGGCCCUAUGUUGUCAUGAUUGUGUGCUCGAGCUGCGGUG